GCGAUUGCAGCGCUGUUCCCGCCAGUUUUGACGUUUGUCGGUCAGUCAUUCGGUCUUUACUCGGUCAGUGACUCAGUGUGUCAGUCCACAAAACAAAGUUUGUAGUGGUUCAGUGUUAGAUCUACGAGCUUCAGAAGUUUGAUUUUCGGGUUCUGAUAAUAAGGAUUGGCAGCGAAGAUGUCUGGCCGUAGCACAGCUGGUCCUUCAACCAGCAGUGGUGUGAAGAGACGGUCCAAUAACGAAGACGAACAAGUUUCAAAGGUUUCCAAAACAUCUGCUCAUAGAAGUAACUCUGUUGAGUAUGUAGUAACCAUGGAUCUAGCAGCAACUGCCUUUGAAGGUCAAACUUCCACUUACAGAAUCACAGUGGAAUCGGCUGACGGAGAAGUCAUACUGAACGACCCUCAAGUCAUCCUCAAUCAAGCUCUAACAAAAGCUAAAGAAGAAAUCAUCGCAAAGAUCGACGAAUUAAGCCUUGUAAAAAUUAUAGUCAAUUUGCACGGCUGCUUCAUUGACAACCAAUAUAACGCAUUUGAUAUUAAUGGAAGCGUUGAUGUAUUCGAUGAAGAAACGGUCGAUGACCAAAUUGAUGAACUCAAGAUGUUGAUCACCUCAAAAUUUAAUGUUUUUGACCGAGAUAAUGAGGGCGACAAACAAUUAUUGUAUAUUGACCUUCAUAUAAAUAAGCACGUCGUCCCGGAUUUUAAACUGGAUAUCCCUUGGCAUCUAAAACGCUACAUAGUGAAUGUUAUGAGUGAUGACUAUCCGGAACAGAGUUUUAAAUGGGCAGUAUUAGCAGCGCUACACAGGGAAAUACACAAUCCACAAGAUUACCUCCUCGAAGAAUUUUCGGAGGACAUUAUUUUGACAAAUAUUCAACACCCAGUCAAACUACACGACAUACCGAAGAUAGAAGAAAUGAAUGACAUGAGCUUUAAUGUGUAUAUCUUGAACUAUAAUUUUAAUCCCAAUAAGAGAGAAGAAAUCGAAGGACCUGUGUAUCACACAGCUCGUCGACGCAAUAAACAUUUCAACUUACUACUUCUUCAUGGUGGAGCUAGCGAUUGCUAUUGUUUGAUAAGUGACCUAAAGGGCUUAGUGGUAGAUACAAAUAAUUUCCCAAUUAGUUAUGGCGACAAAUUAUGUGAUGGUUGCCUAAAUAUUUUCAAAAAAGAAUCUCUAAUGCAACAUCAACAAGACGAAUGUUUGAGAAAGAAAACAGUUUUAGCAUCACACGAUGCAAAACAUAUGAAAUAUAUUCGUAAAAAAAGUGACUUCGAGAAAAUGCCUUUCGUAGUCUACGCUGAUUUUGAAGCGUAUUUGGAACCUGUGUCGAAUUCAACAAAUAUGAAGAAGAAGCAAAACAAAGAAACAUACACAAUAAAUGUAAACAAGCACGUCCCUUACAGCUUUGCCUAUUAUAUCAAAUGUGCUUUUGAUGAUCAAUUGUCAACUUUGAAAUCUUAUGAUGGAAAAGAUUGUGCUGAACAAUUUUUUAAAAUGUUACGCGAGGACUUAGCUGACAUACGCCGAAAAACUGAUAAAUUCUCAUCAGUGAUACCAGUAUUUUUCCACAACUUUUCAAAUUACGACGGCCAUUUCAUCUGUCGUGUAUUGGAUGCUGAAAACGGUGAAAUGUCAUGUCUCGGUUCAAAACACAAUUAUGUAGCGAUGCACAAAAAACUUACUAUAGGUCAAUACAAAGUUGAAUUACGUUUUCUGGAUUCGAGGAAAUUUUUGCAAGGGUCAAUUGCGAAACUAUUGAAAAAAAUUAAUCGUGAAUUAUUUUUCGAAAGCUGUGCUAAUUGGGAAGAUAGCGAAAAAUUUGAACUGAUGACCCAAAAAGGUGUAUUUCCAUAUGAAUAUAUCAAGUCAAUCGAGCAAUUGGAAGAGACGUCCCUACCGCCAAUAGAACAAUUCUAUAACAGCGUUAACGAUGCACACAUAGAAGAGAGUGAUUACCAACGCGCCCUCGAAGUCUGGGAUAUAUUUGAAUGUGAAACGAUUGGUGAUUAUUCAAGAUUAUACUCACAAUCUGACGCUUUGAUUCUAGCUGAUUUGUUUGAAAAUUUGAGAAACACAUGCAUAGAAGCCUAUAAUUUAGACCCAGCGAAUUAUUAUGCUAUUUCUGGUUUAAGUUGGGAUGCGAUGUUGAUGAAGACCGGCGUAGAGUUGGAGCUUUUGACUGAUGUUGAAAUGGUGACGUUCAUGGGCAAGCUUCGGAGAGGCGGUAUCGCUCACUGCACUAGAAGACACGCGGUCGCAAACAACAAAUACCUACCUGAUUACGACGAAUGGGAAAGGGAUAACUUUAUAAUGUAUUACGACGCCAACAAUUUGUACGGCUGGGCAAUGUCCCAGCCUUUGCCGUAUGGAGGCUUCAAAUGGGUCAAAGAUUGCACUGUGAAAUGGGUCAAAACUAAAGUAUUGACUUUACCAGUUGACUCUAAUGUGGGUUAUUUCCUAGAAGUAGAUCUUAAAUACCCCAAAGAGUUGCACGACAGUCACGCUGACUACCCAUUCUGCCCAGAAAAAAAGAAAGUGCCUGACUGCGACGACGAUAGACUGGUCGCGGAUUUGACUUCAAAGACGCGUUAUACUUUGCAUCACUCGUACCUAAUUCAGUGCCUCAAGAACGGACUUAAGUUAGAAAAAGUCCAUCGCGUGCUGAAAUUUAAGCAACGUCCCUGGCUAAAGCCCUACAUUGAUUUCAAUGCUGAAAAGAGAAAGGCUGCAACUUGCGAAUUGGAAGAAGAUUUCUACAAGCUCAUGAAUAAUAGCAUAGCCGGAAAAUCUAUGCAGAAUGAUGAGAAUUACUUCAAUUUGAAAAUAAUUGAUAACUGGUUCCAUCAAUGGAAGAAUCUAAGUGGACACAGCUUAGUGGGAGGCGCUAACUAUCACAGCCAUGCGGUGAUUAAUGAUAAUCUCAUGAUGAUACAAUUGAACAAAACAAAAAGAGAGUUCAAAAACCCUAUUUACAUUGGCUUCAGCGUCUACGACUUAUCCAAGGCGUACAUGUACGAUUUUCAUUACAAUUUCAUGAAGCCAAAGUACGGAAACAAAUUGAAACUUCUGUAUACCGACACAGACUCUUUUAUAUACCAAAUAUAUACCAAGGAUUAUUAUUCUGAAAUAAGGCCAUAUUUGGCUGAGCGUUUCGAUACUUCGAACUACCCAGAAGACAAUGCUUUAUAUUCGCAAGAAAAUAAAAUGAAAUUGGGAUUUUUCAAAGAUGAAUUGAAAGGGGAUGUGGUGAAGGAAUUCGUUGCUCUGCGACCUAAAGUUUACAUGAUACAAUCGAAGAACGAUUUCAAGAGGAAAGCAGCUGGUGUACCAGAAGCGUUUAGUAAGAAAUUUACGAUGGAAGAUUACAAAAAGUGCCUGCGUGAGCAAAAAAAGGAUUUUAGAGAGAUGUUCCGAAUACAGCCGGUUGGGAACGACAUUUACACUCAGAAGGUCAGAAAAGUGGCUUUGAGUCCGGCGUAUUUUAACAGGCAAUUAUUAAAGGAUGGGAUAAAUUCAUUGCCAUUCGGCCAUUACAGUUUGAUGGAGAAUCCUAACCUAACUUUCUAAAUAUUUAUAACUCAAAUGUGACUGACUGACUGACUUAGUGAUCUAUCAACGCACAGCCCAAACCACUGGACGAAUCGGACUGAAAUUUGGCAUGCAGGUAGAUGUUAUGACGUAGGCAUCCGCUAAGAAAGGAUUUUACGAAACUCCACUCCUAAGGGGGUAAAACGGGAUCCACGCGUACGGAGUGUCGGGCUGCCGCUAGUCUACCAUAAGACCAAUAAGACGUGUAGGCACAGGACUAUUCCCAGCUCUCGUUCCCACCGCUGGAACUCCUGUGUAGCCUGUAGUAUCCGCUAGGGGCGCUGUAACAUCGCCCUCAUACAUUUAAUGUCAUUUUCUUACGCAGUCGCUAGUGAAGACAUUUGAUGUAAAUUGUAAACUCACCCAAGCCCCAUGGUAUUGAUUGAACACUGUAAUAAAAUCGCAAUGUGUGCAAUAUCGUUUCGUUGUCUGCCAAAUUGUAUGCUCUUUGAGCGGAACAUAGUAAUACUAUAGCGCCACCGUCAAUACCGGGACGCUGGUUCCGAUUCAUGCCAUGUUGGAAACUAUACACCACUAAAUUUUUAUCACCGAAAAAUUUUUAACAGGUUAUGUAGAAAUGUGUGAAAAUUUUAAAGUAAAAAAAAUAUUGUUUUUUCAUAGUUAAUUUUUUUAUUAAAUUUUCUUUAGUCCGUAUUUUACGCGCACAGCUGGGCACUCCGCUGCUCGCUAGAGUAGUCGUAUGCGCUCGCACAUUGCCCCGAUCUGUCUUGUCUCGCUCACGCCUCGACCACGCUUCCAGUGUUAUUAUUACUUACUUAGCUAACUUCAAGUAAUUUUGAGUUCUAAUAAAUGUUACAUUAUCUUACGUAAAUAGUGCUAGCGACGCGUGUGUCUGUCGCAGUAAGAUAGAUAAAGCCGUAAUAUUUAAAGACACAAGUUUGCGCGUUCACCGCCAAAAAGUUGCCGUUUGUCGUAUCCCGCUGUUUCGAGAGCACUCCCCUAACUGCCUCAGCCAAUAUCGGAAUCCUUGGUGUCGACAUAUCGAGCGAAGUCCAGUUCCGUGGUCAUUUAGAGGGUAAGGCUAAAUUAGCCUCGAAGAAGCUUGGUGUGCUCAAUAGAUCGAGACGGUAUUUCACUCCAGCCCAUCGUCUGCAACUUUACAAGGCGCAGGUUCGGCCUCAUAUGGAAUACUGUUCUCAUCUUUGGGCAGGUGCGCCCCAGUACCAGCUUCUCCCUCUGGACCGCAUUGAACGGAGAGCAGCUCGAAUCGUUGACUGCCAGGACAUUUCGGAUCGGCUUGACCCCUUGGCGCUGCGUAGAGAUGUAUCCUCACUGUGCAUAUUCUAUCGCAUGUAUCACGGGGAGUGCUCCGAAGAAUUAUCCGGACUUAUUCCUGCCGCCACUUUUCGCCACCGAUCUACCCGACAGCACUUCCACCCCCAUCACUUAGAUGGUUGGCAGUAAUGGCAGUCCACAACAGUACGUUUCUCUAGAAACUUUCUGCCCCGUACAACCAAACUGUGGAAUGGACUGUCGUCUGCGGUGUUUCCGGACGGAUACGACCUGCAAGCUUUCAAGAGGAGAGCGUAUCUUUACCUUAAAGGCCGGCAACGCACCUGUAACGCCCCUGGGUCUGCGGGUGUCUAUGGGCGACGGUAAUCACUUACCAUCAGGUGAUCCGUUUGCUCGUUUGCCUCCUAUCACAUAAAAAAAAAAAAAAAAAUAUGGUUAUAUCCCUAGGGAUAUAAUUAUAUACCGUAACAUAGUUAUAGGAAAGCGAUUCAUUACUAUCUCACUAGGAAUAUAGUUAUAAAACGGACCAAGUUUAGUGAUAUAGUUAUAUCACUAGAUUAAGUUUAGUGAAAUAGCUUUCGGAGUGUGCGGCGCCUAUACCAAAUGAAAACUUGUCACUGAGAGAAAUAUGCCAAAAAUUUACGUGUUUUGGUGGCCUGUAAAAAAUCGAAUAUACAGUGUUCUACUAAAAGAUGUGCCUGUAAGAAGCAUUCACUGCUAUGUAAUUCUAGAUGUCAUGAUUCCUCUUCUUGUCUGAACAAAAAUUAAAAAAUACUUUUAAAGAAAUCAAGAUCUCAACUUAGUUGAUAUAACCUUAAUCAAGAUAUCUCAAAACUGUUGAUUAGCUUUAAAAGAUUUUUAAUGUUUGAUUAGUUUCAAAUAUUGUUAAUGUUUAAAUUCCAAAAAAUAUGAUCAUUUUAAUUAUUAAUUGAAAUUACUUUAAUACGUGUUAAUGUCACAAAGUAUUGUAACUAACUGCAGGAUACAUAAUUUGAUUUUUUAAUAAAAAUAAAACCAAUUUAAUAUUGUUUUAUUUAAUUGUACAGUGUGUUUGGGAUAGGGCUAGCGAUAAUUUAAGGCGAUGUUAUUAUGUCAGUUUUAUCGACAAAAAUGCCCCCAUAUGUGGGCCUACCCCCCUCCUCCUGGAAUGGGGGGCUUAAUUUAUUAAAAUUAUUUUUUAUGUGACUACACAAAAAUGUCAUUUAUUUCUUAUUUGCCCGUCUUACAGAUAAACAAAAAACAUCAUUUGAAAGCCAAUAAUAUGUGUCAUUAAAUGAAAAUACAAAACCGGCCAAGUGCGUGUCGUGCCACGCGCAGUGUAGGGUUCCGUAGUUGUCCUUCGUUACCACAAUAUACUUCAGAAGCAAGAAAUUACUUCAUCUAAAGUCACUUUUAAUAUUUCCUUCUAAGAAAAUUUUUAUUAAGUAUGAAAUUUUAUAACACACGACUAUUACUCUUAAACUAACUGAUUUAUCUUACCGCUAUAGUGUUCCUUGAAAGAUCAUAAAAAGCACUAUAGUAUAUUUUUUUUCAGAUUUUUCAAGCCAACAGUUUAGUUUUUAGAGGGGGGGGGGGGGGGGGACACACCCUACUCGAACAAAAAUUGGAACAAAGUUUAACUUUAACAUUUUGCAAACGGAUCCCUAAAUCGAAAUAUGUUCUUAGAAACCCCUAAGCCAUUUUAAAAUAACUAUCCAACGAUCCACACGAUGGGGUAGAAGAUGAAAUAAAAUUCAUCCCCACUUUACAUCUAGGAGAGCUAAACUAAAAAAUUUUUUUUUAAAUAUUUUAUUCUACCUUUUGGUCGGCGUGAUUAAUAUACACCACAUAAUACCUCCACAAAAUUACAGCUCUCUAGUGCCAAUAGUUCCCAAGCAAAACCUCGGACGGACAGACAGACAGACAUAACGAAACUAUAAGGGUUCCUUGCCAGGACUACGGAACUCUAAAAAUAAGAAAUAAUAACCAUAAAACUUUAAAAAAAAUUGGGGGCAUUUUUGUCGAUAAAAUUGACAUCACAACAUCGCCUUAAAUUAUCGCUAACCCUAUCCCAAACACACUGUAUAUGGUAGAUUUCUAUUUCACUAAGCUUAAUCAAGUAAUAUAUUUAUAACACUGAACUUAAUCUAGUAAUAUAACUAUAUCACUAAACUUGGGCCGUUUUAUAACUAUAUUCCUAGUGAGAUAGUAAUAAAUCGCUUUCCUAUAACUAUAACUAUGUUACGGUAUAUAAUUAUAUCCCUAGGGAUAUAACUAUAUUACGGCUUUAUCUAUCUUACUGCGACAUGUCCAUAAAUUACCAAUUUUGGGAUGAAAUUUUGAGUAACUUUAACUUUUUUUUUGCAUAAAUAGGAUCAGUAUCAAUAACUCAUUACCCAGAAUUUUUUUUCGGUGAUAAAAAUGUAGUGGUGUAUAGUUGAACGAUGGUAGCGCCCCCCUGUCAAUGAGUUUGGUGGGACAGU